AUGCGCCUUUGGCUCCUCCUUCCGUUCGCUUCGAGUGCCAGCGCCCCGGAGCGCUGUGAGGUCUUUGACGACGAGGAGGGGCUGCGGUUGCUGCAACACCAAGCAGCCGCGCUGCCCACGGGUCCCUGCAGUGCCGGUCAGGGGCGACCUGCGCCCGGGGCUCCCUGCUUGCCUUGUACUGAAGGAACCUGGAGUAGCACUGGAAGCUGUUUAAGCUGCGUGGCUGGAACAUGGAGCGAUCUGAGAGGGGCGACCUCUGCAGAAAGCUGCCAACAUUGCCCAGAAGGCACCUGGAGUAGCCAAGUGGGGGCUACUGCACUGCAGGCACGGGAGGGCACGGCGUGCAUGCUGUGUCCCUCGGGCACCUGGAGCAACUCCACUGGGCUGGGGGAUAUCGGCUCCUGCAGUCCCUGCCCGGCGGGCACUUGGAGCACGGCAGAGGGGGCCACCGCAUUGGAGUCGUGCCAGCGCUGUUUGCCCGGCACCUGGAGCGACGUGAGAGGUGCGCACGAGGAUUUGUGCCAAAACUGCACGGCUGGACGUUUUAGCACGGAGGCAGUGGGGAAGGUGGUGGCGCUGGCCGGGGAGCUGAAGUGUGGCUGGGGUAAUCAGGCCACACGGGUGCUGGCAACGGACGUGCUGACCACUGCGGUCCGGCAGCUCCGUGCCCUGCGCCGGUUGGGCUUGGCUGGUGCUGGGUCUGCCCGAGCCACCACCCCCGAGAAGUCACGAAAAGCCCCCUCGGCGCCUCCAGAGGCUCAGGCUGCUGACGAAAGUCGCGCAGCCCCCGGGGCAGAGGCAUCAGCACCUCCUGCGGCUCCUCCUCCUGAGAAGCCCGUGAAAGAGGAGGACAAGCGAUCAGAGACUGACGGAGGAGAGGCCUCUGAGUACAGCGAGGACGAAGAGGAGGAGACCGAGCUGGAGACUGAUCGUGUCCCUGGCCUCAAGGCUGUACCUAAGGCGGCGAGUGAGAAGGAUAGGCUGGAGACAUCCGUGCCCACGGAAAUAGAGAGGACCGGUCUCGCCGGAGGGAGUCCGACGGGCACAGACACGAGUCUAGGUCACAUCGAACAGAAGGAGAUCGUGAACAUCCUCGACCGCGGUCCCGUUCAAGGAGACGCCAAGAGGAGAGGGAACCUGAGCGCCCACGUGACGGUCAGAAGAAGAGAAAGAAGCGACACGGCCACAGAGGAGGUACCAAACACCAGCGCAAUGCCGAAGCCAAAGAAAGGAGGAGAGGAGUCCACCCUGUUGGAUUUUGGGGUGGAAGAAGGAGAGGAAGUUUCUAUUGGGGACGUGGCUUGGGUGCUGUUGACAGUUCCUGUCGGUUGCAUCCUGGAAGUCUGCCUGGCCGGCUGUUCAGUGGGCAUGGGCACGGAAGAGUGGUUUGCAAUACUUGUCAGGGAGGUCGACCUCGACGACGAGUCUGGACUGUUGGUAGGAGGCGACGUGUUGGGCUGCGAAAAUACCACAUAUCUCCCAGAGUUGGUGGGGACUCUCAGCAUGGGGUUCAUUCACCUCUGCAAGGGGGACCCGUGCGAAAAAGAGAGCGAAAGGGUGGUACAUGCCACAAAGGUGCGCUUGUGGAGGUUGCGCAACUUCAAUGCGACCUACUUGAGCAGACAAGGCAAGGCGAUCGUGAAAAACGCCCUCAAUGCGGAAAGUGGCAUAGCACCCCCCAAGGCGCCUGCCAAAGCGCCUGCUGGUGCGGCCCCAAAGAGAAGGGCAAAGUCAAAAGCACGAGCCCCCCAGGCGCUGGGCAGCCAGGGUAUUCGGGUCGGUGCUGGCGAGUGCAUCGAUCUGGAAGCCGAUGGCGACCCGAGCACAGGGGAGUAUGGGAGUGCCGACGCUUCGCAGAGGGCCCACUUGCGGUCGAUACUGCAAGAGACAAGGCAGCGGAUAGCUGGGGGUGGGGGGCCCAGGCCACGACAGCCAGCCGAGGGCCUAGCUGGUUGUGCCGGGCUAGGACCUACAGGCUCUGCAGUGGCAGAGAGGAGGCUGGUGGCUGGGACAGCCCUCAAUCCUGGCGUAUUGACACCGCUGCCCAUCGGCCCAUCGGUGGAUACAAGCGACGACGAGGUGAGGCGCUUGAAGAAGCGUCUGAAUGCCAAGGGCGAUGCUUCGUCGGUUUUGCUGGCCCAAGCCGUGCAAACCUCUCAGCGGAAGAACAAGGAGAAGAAGGACAAAAAGGAGGGGUCCACAGAUCGGACUAUCCGCAAACUAGCAGAGCUCCUAGGAGGGAAAAAGAAGAAGAAGAAGAAACGGAAGGAUCGAGGCAGCGGAGGUCAUCGGGGAGAGACGUCGGGUAUCAAGCCAGAUCCCGAAGGCGGCGAUGGAUCAGGUCCAAGCAGCUCAUCCAGUUCCUCUUCAGGGAGCCGCCGAAGGAGGAGAAAGGACGACAGCAGCGAAGACUCGGAGCUGUCUUACGAGGCGCCGCUUCGAAAGAAAGCUGCAAAAGAGCCGGGCUCCGUGAUGGAGAUGCUUGUCCGUCACGCGCAGCAACAGCUCGACCAGGGCGCACUGCUGGAAGAAGGAGGAGCGGCGGCGGGGCUGACGAGUGGGAUAAAAAUCUCAACCUUCUUUGCCCUGCUGAUCCGGCCCUUCCACUCAAACAGCAGCCCCCUGGUCCGAGAGCUGUUCGCGCUAGGGCAGUCCAUAGAUCUUCUGAGAGCUGGACGCCUUCCGGAGUGCGCGGACUCGUUGGCAAGCCGCUUCAUAGCCGUCCACACGGCGCUAGGAGACGGCAACUGGCAAGUGGCCAGCCAACUGGAGAUGUUUCCGCUGGAACCUGUCCAGUCGGCUACGGUGUCGACAAUGUUGCAGGCGCAACGGCAUCGACGCCUGAUCCAGCGGAGCCAGGGCUACACCCCAAACAGGUGGAACAGCCAAGGAGGCGGAAAAGGACGAGGUGGACAGCCCUGGAGCGAGAAGGGCAAAAAGGGCGAUGCCCCGAAGGGCAAAGGGUCUCCAGCACACAAGAACGAGGUGAGCCAUUGGAAGGAGACCCAGGAGGAGCCUGGGAAAUUCCCUCAACUGGAACUGGAGCGGGAGGUUCACCCAGCUCUGAGAUUGGUGGUUACAGGAAAGCGUGCAAAGGCACCUGCCAUGCACCGGGGCUGGCCCUCAAGGGCCCGGCCUCUAUUCCCCCUGCCGCUGGGAGACUUAGCGUACCUGCAGCAGCGGGUUGAUGGUGCGACGCUGGAGGAGUUCUGUGACCAGCAUUUUGCUGAGCACGAGACAGAAGACGUGUGGCUGGCCCUGGCCAUACUAUCCCUGAACUGCGUAGCUGGCCACGGCCGUGCUGCGCGAGCUGGCAAGGGAAGCGCUGUCCAGACUGAGGCAGUGCGGUCGCUGAGAACUAGCAUCCGACGGGUGCUGCCAGGGAGCUUUGCCAUCGAGCGUACCCCAGCUAUGGCAGAAAAAGAGCUGGCGUCUCGCUAUUUGAGUUAUACGGGAGAAGAAGUACCCAAGAUGCAGGUGUUGAGGUUGAAACAGGCCCUACCGGCUCUUCCCCCGAAAUCUCAUGGUGGCUCUAUUGAUGCUAGGAUGCUGGUAUGCCCGGGGACACAAUGGUUUUUGGAUCACCCCGAAGCUAGCUUGUUGGAACGGCCCGAACCCUCUGUAAAGUUGCAGGCAAAAGUACAUGUGGAACCCGGGGAAUCCCUCAAGCUUUUUGAGAUGUUGGUGGAACGCAAUAUUUGUAGUUGGGUCCGCGAUGCUGAUGUUUUGGUGGUUGAUCAACAACAAGUUCUUAGUGGAAUGUUUGCAGUGGGGAAAGGAACCUUUUUGGAAACCGGGGAAGAAGUGCAGCGGAUCAUCAUGAAUCUUAUUCCAUGCAAUGCAGUUUUCAGACAUUCUCAAGGGGGAACCCGUGACCUUCCUUCGGUGACUCAGUACUUGUCUUUGUGCCUCCGUCAAGAUGAGAAACUGGCGUUUUAUCAAAGUGAUAUGACAAGUGCUUUUUAUCUCUUUCGGUUACCCAAAGUUUGGCAGAGAAUGAUGGCCUUCAACAUUAGCUUUUUGGGGGAGGAGAUAGGACUGCAGCAUGGCAUGCGCUUCCGGCCUGCCUGCAUGGUUAUCCCGAUGGGAUGGGCUAGUGCGGUGUCGGUGAUGCAGGAGCUGGCUGAGAGGCUAACGACCUUGGCCGGGCUCCCUGCAGAUCAUCGAAUCCGGCGCACAGCCCCCUUGCCCUCCUGGCGGAUGAAUGUUUGCCAGGAGGCAACGGCAGCUGGCCGAUCAUGGUACCAUGUGUACCUGGACAACUACUGCGGCAUGCAGAAGCUGGGUGCUGUUGAGACGGGCACUCAGCAGGCUGGAGACUGGCACUUGGCCCUUGAACAAGCGUGGGGAGCUGCUGGAGUGCUCUCAGCCACCAAGAAACGGGUAUCAGGUGAGACUGAAGCGCAAGAGCUGGGGGCGUUCAUCUCUGGAGACAAUGGGACUAUUGGCCCCAGCAAAGAGAGGUUGAUGAAACUCAUCCAGGUGACAUUUGUGGUUAUCAGCAAGGCCAAGCUGAAGAAGAAGUGGGUUCAAGUGCUGGCUGGCAGGUGGGUCCACUGUAUGUCCUUCCGCAGGCCGUGCAUGAUGUUCCUGGACCGCACCUGGGAGUUUAUCUCAGGCAAGGCUGUGGGGGCGCUUGCUGAGGCCUGGGUGCGGUCAGAACUUCUCAACUGCUGUGCCGGCUGCUGGUUGUUUCAUACCAACCUGCGGGCUGGACUGAGUGACACCACAACCGCCAGUGAUGCCUCCUCCACUGGGGGUGCUGUUGGCUGCGCCCGGAGCUUGACUAAGGCUGGGGAGGAGUUUGCAGCAGCCGACUCAAACGGUGCGAGAAGUAUUCUAAAUCCCAAGAACUACCCUAGGCAAAGCCAGUCUACACAAGCCCAACGGAAAAGGGCACGAAAGGACAUCAUCCUUGAGGAUGUUGGUAUCACCUCCGCUACACUUCAGCGGUACUAUACAGCAGUUUCACGGCUGGCUCCUUGCUUGAAGCUGGUCAAUUCAGAGAUUGAGCUCGAUGAGACCAUAGCAGAUUGGGUACAACAGGAAUUUGAGGACGGGACGCCCCUCCACCUUGUGGGGGACGCGCUGUGCGGCCUACACCACUUCGAGCCGAGCACCCGGCGCAAGCUACAUAAAAGUUGGCGCUUAUAUUCCAUUUGGAGGAAGUAUGAAGUCCCUUGCAGGGCGCCACCAGUGACGCAGGACAUUGCGCUGGCUCUUGCCGGGUGGUGCUUGGCCCAGGAUGAGCUGGUCAUGGCCGGGCUUAUUCUUCUGGGAUUUCAUUGCCUCCUCCGCACCGGUGAGUUGUUAACGGUGCGGCCCUGUGACUUCCUGCUGGAGACGGACCGAGGUUUGGUCACGCUCCCUAGCAGCAAGAGUGGCAUCCGUCACAACAGUCGCGAGAGCGUGGCUAUCUCAGAUCCCACCACGCUGGAAGUUGCCCGGGCGAUGGUGCAUCUACAGACCCAACUUGGUUUCAGGCAGGUUCCCUGCUGGAACAAGAGUGGCAGCUCCUUUCGCGAUCUCUUUCGCAGGGCUGUGGCUGGGCUGGAUCUUUCCGCGCUCGGCUUCAGACCUUACUCCUUGAGACGGGGUGGUGCCACAUAUGAGAUGCAAAGCCAUGGACUUAUGGAAAAUCUGGUGGCUCUUCCUUUGAAAGCUGCGAAGCGUGUCCGCGUGCCUUUUGGAGCAGUGCGGAAGGUGCCAAAAACAUUGACACCUGCGCUGCCUGCCCUGCUGGCACCAUUGGGGAGAACUUGGGCUCCACCAGUGUGGAGAACUGUGCUGCCUGCCUACCUGGCAGGUGGAGCAAUGCAACGGGACAGGGCUGGGUCAGCAAUUGCACCAAGUGCUCCAGCUGCGCUAAGGUGUCCGGUGGGAACCUACAGCAACAUCUCUGGUGCCACGGAGUCAAGCACUUGCCUUCUGUGUCCCAAGGGUACCUACCAACCCAUUGAGGCGGCUGCGGAGUUGGCCCUCUGCAUCCCUUGUGCUGUGGGAAACUUCUCGGACCAAGUGGGAGCUUCGAGCUGUUCGAGAUGUCCUGAAGGCACCUGGGGUGAUGGCUUUGGCUACACUUCUUGCACUGCAUGCCCAGACGGGACCUGGACAGAUGGCGAAGGUGCCAUCCGAAGUGCCCAGUGCAACAGCAGCAUCACACCUCCCACCACGACCACAAGUAGCACAGUUCCCACCACGGCCCUGGCCAAAGCACCCGAUGUGAGAUUCCAAUCCAUUGAUGCCAAGCUCUCCAAUGCCUUGAGGAAAGUCAUUGACAAUGCUGGGGACAAGUCCAUGCAAGUGAAGUAUGACAUGUCCAUGAAGAACCAAUUGUAUGGGAGAAGUGGGGACUUCAUUAAGGGACGAGAACUAUUCGCAAUGAUACUGAUUAGCUUCAAGUCACCUGACCACACUGAAGUUCUCUACAACGCCCAUCAUUUGUAUAUGUUCAACUACUAUGGAGAUGACCAACUUGAGGCCUUCUACAACAAGUGGCUUGACAUAGUAUACAAUAUGAAACAUGAUGAUCUGCCUUCCAACAAUUCCCUGCGUGACACAUUGUUCCGGAAGAUUGAACAUUCAAAGCUUAUGGCCUUCGAUAUCAACCGAUACAAAACCUUUGAUGAAGGGCAUCCUGAGAAGACCUAUGCUUAUCUAACUGGCAUGAUCAAAGGAUACAUAGCACGAGGAAAGCAAGAACGACUGUUGAAGGAUAGAGAACGUGCAGUGAAACUGUCAUUGUCCUCUAACAAGACGACACCUGCCCUGGAAGAUGCUGACAAACCUGCUGCUCCCGUUAAAACCAAGAAGGAGAAUGAAGCAGCUGCAUCGUCUACAGGUGAUCCUCCCAAACGGCCAAAGGCGAAAGCGAAGAGUGAAGCUGCAUCAGUACUUCCAACACCUUCUCCGAAAUCCCAUGCCGACAAGAACAACAAGAAAGGCAAAGGUGGGAAGGGAAGAUCAUCUUCACCCGUUGACAAGAAGAAGAUUUUCUGCAACUACUUCUUCAAUAAAGGAGGAUGCAACAAAGGUGACAAGAAAGCCGAAAGGAUGAACUUGAAGCGACGAACUUGUGAUCCUAUCAUGUUCCACACCGCCAACGGUUCAACUGCUACUCAGACGGAAGCGGAGAUUGACCUGGGAACCUUUGAUGAUAUCUUCGACAAAGACAAAGAUCCAGAAGAGAUGACUCUCCAGGAACUGAUCGACGCCCAACCAGACCAUUGGAAGAAGGGCAAAGCCGGAGAAAAGAAGAAGAAGGCAACGAAGAAGGAGAAGAAAGAUUCAAAGAAAGACAAGGACGAGCCAAAGUCCAAGGACGAUGAAGGUUGUGACUACUGGAAGGACCGUAGAAUGACUGACCUUGUGGAAGGAACCGACGAUGACUUCGCCGAUGCCGCGGAUGCCGCGGAGGCCGACGCCGAAAGCUCCAAGAUCCGAAACGGCAACGAGCUGCUGGAGGUCUACGACAACGGCAGUGAUGGUGGCACAGGAAGCAGCGCUGGAGUUUCGACGGAAACUCAAGACCCACACAGUGAAGUAGUGGAGGAACUGUCAAAUCGUACAGUGAACUUCCGCUUUGACGAUCCCUUCUUGCCUUACGUCCUGCGGGAGGUGAUCCAUGAUCCAGAUCACCAUCGCUUGUUACGGCUCUGUGAGGCUGGUAUCCCAGCCUGGGCCAUUGUUUUACCCAAAUUCACGGGUCUCUAUCACCGCUACAUGCGACACUUGGUGGCCGCAAUCGUGGUGCUGGUGUCCUGUCUCUCGCUUCUGCUGGGUUUCUACGACUUGUACAAGCGCAUUCCAUUGGUGCGCUCCUUGUUGAAGCAAUCGCUGGGACCCCUAAGCAGCAAACUCGAAGAGCUGGUGGUGGUGCGUUUGUCCUUCCUCUUGGGUUGGAUCCUGCCGUACAACACAAUUCUACGGCGGACCUGGCACUGCCUGCUGAUGUUGUGGGAAGCGGUGAAGAGUAUUGGUCUAGGCCUCUUCUCAGCUGCCACCAUGGCCACAUCCCUCGCCUCAUCGCUGUUGCAGCCGGCCACAUCCUUCGUGUUCUCCCCGGUGAUUGGCGCAGCAACCGCCGGCAGGUCGCUCUUCCAAGCUAUGGCAACCAUCGGCCAGGCCUUUGCGAGGCUUUUCUCUGGGGCUGGUACUGGUGGUCUCUCCAGUGGUGGCCUCCUACGUGCUGAAUUCAACUUGGUUCGCCAGGCCUUCAUGGCUGUCUACAAUUCCACCUGCUUUCUGGGAGCCACCAUGGCCAGACACCAGGCCUCGACCUCGGUCUGGUUCUCCCGGUGGCGUCAUCGCCAGUGGCGUCGCAUGAAAUGCCUUGCGGAGUGGCCGGCCAAGCUGGCGCGGAACAGGCCAGUGUGCUUGUCCCUGCUGCUGCUGCUGGGCAUCAUCCGCUUUUAUCCUGGGGACUUUGCGGUGCGCUGCAGCGAUGCCUUGCUGUGGGAUUUUGCUGUGGCCAUCACCAGGUUCUUCUAGCUGCCUCUGCUGCCAGCUGGCGAAUGCGCGAAUCGAAGCCCGAAAGAUGUGGCAACUGAAACUUGGAGCGGAUCAAGGAAUUGAAUUCCAC